CAAUUGUGUCCACUUGAGACCGAUUUUGAAAGUAUACCAUACAUUUAUGAUGAUCAUGUAUACAGUCGCGGACGAUCACAUGGGCGAUACCGAAAUCGCACAGGUAAUAGCAUUUAUAUGCGGAGUAAUAGUGAUAUUGUUGAUGAUAAUGGGUUUGGCUUCCACUGAUUGGUUGAUGGCGUUAGGAUGGAGACAGGGUUUAUUUGCACAUUGCAUUGAAGAGGAUGCACCUACACCAUUGCCGUUUAAUAUACCAGAUCCAGCUGGAUGUUACCAAUCUAGAGAUGUUGCCUACAUAAAAGCUGCUGCUGCCUUAUAUGUAGUCUGUCUAUUAACAGACAUUGCUGCAACGAUUCUCACUGGACUUGGUUUAAGGUCACAAGAUAAUCGUGAUAAACAUAAAUAUUACAGAUUCGCAGUCUUCUGUAUGGGCUUUGCAUUGGUAUCACUCUUGAUAGCUUUGGUGAUAUAUCCAGUGUGUUUUGCUGCAGAACUGAAUCUUGGGAACCGAACAAUGUGGGAGUUCGGUUGGGCAUAUGGAGUUGGAUGGGGUGCAGCUAUAUUCUUGUUUGGCGGAGCUGUGUUGUUAUUAUGCGAUAAGGAAAGCGAGGAGAUUUAUUACAAAGAAAGAAAAAUCGUGCGUGACGAUAUUGGCGGCGGUGGUUCUAUGAUUGGUAUGGGUCAUCAUGGUGGACAAAGUGGGACGCAAUUGGCCUAGUGGCAUUGUUCCCUGCCCGACGUUGUUCUCUAGGUGAUUAAUUUCUUCUUUUUCUGUCCUCACAAUUUUUGAUACAUUCAUGAAGAGACGUACACACACACAUCAAAGAGUGAAUGGUUUUUAUAUGUAGUCUACUUGUUACACCAGCAUAUAUUGGACUUGAUCAUUACUUCGAUAUAGGAUGUACAAUAACAUCCGAUCAAGUCCGUCAAUCGGAUGUUUGACGACUAAAGUAUUUGCGACUUGACUGAGAUUUUAAUUAAGUUCACUCAUUUGUUACCAAUUUCCAAUUUCUCAUAUCGACAAUUUCGGGACCAUUGCUGUUUUUAGUUUACUAUAAUAUGUUUUACGUGUAUUAUACAAGUAUUUUUUUAGAGUACGUUUACAUUAUUUUUUAAAAUCACUGAUCAAUUUUUGAUACCAUCACCAAUGGUAGCAUACACACUGAUUUUUUUUUUAUCUAAAGAAUCAAUCGAUGACGAAGCCGCGUUUACUAUUACUAUCUAAUUCCGGACAUAAUGGCAACUAACUUUUUUAAUCCAAACUUUUCAAUUUGCUAAUAUUUCUAACUUUCACUGUGCCUGCAUUGACAGAUCACUAUCGUCUUUGGAUAGCUUUAAAAAAAUGAUUUCGCUGUUUGAAAACGGCGUUUACGAUAUAUGGGUACUUAAACAAAUUCGAUGUUUCAUUAUUCUUGAAAAUAUAAACAAAAAUAAUCACAGUAAGCAGUCGAGAAAACGUGCAAGGAAUUAAUAAGUUUAUAAGAAAAGACACUGCCUUUUAUUAGUCAAGUAAUAAAUCAUGGAUUCUUAUUUUUGUUUUUGGAUAAAAUAUUCAACUUUGAUUUAGUUAUUAUUUAUUGUAUGUUAGUAUAUUUUCUAUAUGUAGUAUGUACAUAUAUACACAUAUACAUAUAUCUAUAUAUAUAUAUUAGAUGUUAGUAAUUUAUUGUUCGCUUUCAUUUACUAAUUUUUUUUCCUACUAUUAUUGAAAGUGAUAUUUGCUUUAAUCGAGUGAUUUACAUUCUUGUAGUGUUUACCAAUAUGUUUGGUAUAACAUUAUGAUAUAACAUUAACAUAAUGUUUAAAACUUAUACUUCCAUAUAUUCUGCAAUGAAUCUGGGCCAAAAAUUGCUCUAAGUGUUGUAUCUUGUAAUGACGU